CAGUUUCUGUUAAUCCCUCACAAUGUGGUAUUUAAAUAUUGCAAUAUUUGUGCUUUUUACCGCGGUUGUAGCCAAUCCAGGCUCUGAAGUCGAUGGUGUAUAUAGUAUCAAAACGACAAAAUAUUUCCCGAAACACUGUAAAGAAAUUCAAGACAAUGGUAACUCCGUCUCUGGUGUCUACAUCAUCCAACCAGAAUUUGCCCCAAAACCGUUUAUGGUUCUUUGCAACAUGGACAGCCACGGUGGUGGAUGGACCUACUUCAUGAACAGGUUCAACGGGGACCAGGACUUUUUCCGAAAGUGGAAAGACUACAAGAGUGGUUUUGGCAACCUCUACAACGAAUUCUGGCUGGGGUUGGAGUAUCUCCAUUACCUGACAGGCUACGAAAGGAACCAGCUUUUGAUAGAGCUAGAGGACUGGGAUUCGAAGAAAGUUUACGCCCGGUAUGACGCUUUCAGCGUUGGGAGCGAAGACGAGGACUACAUAAUGAGAACUUUGGGGAAGUACAGUGGUUCUGCUGGAGAAGCGUUGUGGUCGCACGGAGGGAUGAAAUUUACCACGACGGACAGGGAUAACGAUCAGUGGAGGGAUGGAAAUUGUGCGGUUUAUAGAAGUGCUGGUUGGUGGUACAAUAACUGUGUGUUGAGUCACUUAACUGGUAAAUAUCUCAAGGAGAAAAGUACUUUAGAAUCGUAUACUGUGAUGUUCUGGAAUACGUUCCGUGGACCCUACAAUUUGAAAGUAGCCAGGAUGAUGGUAAAACCUAAGUGACAAGUGAAAUAAAUUAAAAAAAAUGUAAUUUUUUGUCCUCAAAUAAGUAUAAUAAAAAAGUUUUUAAUAGGAAAAA